GUGCGGCAUCAAGGGUUCUUUGGAACGCGUUGAGAAGUUGAGAACGUGGGUGGAUGGAUCGUGACGGGCAGGUGUCGAGGGAAAUGGAGAAGUCGACUUUGCCAUGACCCAUGAUCCAUCAUCAAUCUCACCCUCACCCGACAUUCAACACACAAAGACUGGCCGCUCACCGCCCGUCUCCUCCAAAUGCCGCCGGUCUCGUCGUCGACCGACCACCUGCCUCCCCACCAACCUGCCGCGCGCCAACGCCCAAAGUCGCCAGAUCGUGUCCUCGCAGAGGCCGAAGCACAAUGGCUGUUCAGCGAGCAGGAGCUGAUGCACACGCCCUCGGUGCAGCAUGGCAUGGCCCCCGAGAAGGAAAAGGACAUACGCGCAAAGGGCGUCAACUUCAUCCGUCAGGUGGGCAUCAUGCUCAAGCUGCCCGAGCUCACCCUCUCCACGGCCGCCAUCUUCUUCAAUCGCUUCCUCAUGCGCGUGAGCCUGGUCGACCGCCCUAACCAGAAGGCUCUGCACCAUUACACCCUCGGCGCCACUGCCCUCUUUCUGGCUACAAAGGUCGAGGAAUCUUGUCGCAAGAUGAAGGAUUUGGUCGUCGCCUGUUGCCGCGUCGCGCAGAAGAACCCAAAUCUGCUGAUUGACGAGCAAAGCAAGGACUUCUGGAAGUGGCGCGAUACCAUCUUGCUCAACGAAGACGUCCUGCUCGAGAUGCUGUGCUUCGAUCUCACCAUCGAGCCUCCACACAAACAGCUCUACGAAAUGCUCAAAUAUUAUCAAGUUCACCACAACAAACAGUUGCGCAAUGCCGCCUGGGCCUUCGUCACCGACAGCAACAUCACUCAGCUCUGUCUGCUGUGCUCGAGCCAUACCAUCGCUGCUGCUGCCCUUUACUCCGCCGCUCGCUACUGUGGCGUCUCUUUUCCAGAUUCAUCCGACGGUCGUCCGUGGUGGCACGUUCAGCACGUCUCACUCGAUGAUGUCCUAAAGGCUUGCAAUUACAUGGCUGCGAAUUACGAACACGUCCCAAUCAAACCUGGUCAUGAGGGAGCCCAAACUAUCUAUGCCAUCACCAGUCCCUCCGCUCCCGCAUUACACCAGGACGCCGCCGCUCUCCACAUCACAAAGACACAUCAGCUUGAUCUGCCCCCUGACGAUAGAGCCGUCAAGAAGAGACGCACCUCCGAAUCUGGUACUGCUACUUCGAUUCAUGCACAUGCCUCGCGCACAGUCGAGAGUCACGGUAGCGAAGAAGGCGAGGUCGAGGGUUAGCCAUCUCAUAUCAUAUCAUGACUUUACUGAAUCUGCAAUUGAGCGAAGGCGUUACGGGAUGUGGUCCUGUACUGGGGUUGGGGCCUUGCAUAGCGGACAUUGUACUUAGGGUUUCUUUUUAUCAUCCUCACUCGCGACGUGAUACCCUUGAUAUAUUAUUAUGACUGGUGCCACAAUUUAUUCCAAACUGUCACAUGGGAUCGCC